AUGUUCCCUCCCACGUUUGAUCUAGAAGCAUUUAUCGCUCGACUGCUUCAAGGUGAUAUUCACGGUCAGUAUUCAGAUCUACUCCGUCUGUUCGAGCUCGGUGGCUGGCCGCCCACUUCCAACUACCUAUUCCUCGGAGACUACGUGGAUCGAGGCAAACAGAGUUUGGAAACAAUCUGUCUACUGCUUGCCUACAAAAUACGCUAUCCGGAAAACUUUUUUCUUCUCCGUGGCAAUCAUGAGUGCGCAGCAAUAAAUCGUAUCUAUGGAUUUUAUGAUGAAUGCAAACGUCGAUUCAGCAUUAAAUUAUGGAAAAUAUUCUCAGAUUGCUUCAACUGUCUGCCGGUUGCGGCGAUCGUUGGGGACAAAAUCUUCUGCUGUCAUGGUGGCCUUUCUCCCGAUCUUCAAAAUAUGGACCAAAUUCGUCAAAUAAUCAGGCCAACUGACGUUCCAGACACGGGUUUACUCUGUGACCUUCUCUGGUCCGAUCCGAACCAGGAUAUCACAGGCUGGAUAGAAAGCAAUCGAAACGUGAGCUUUCACUUCGGAGUGGAUGUGGUGAGCAAAUUCCUCUCCCGGCACGAUUUGGACUUAAUUUGUCGUGCGCACGAAGUGGUCGAGGAUGGCUACGAAUUCUUCGGGCGACGUCAGCUGGUGACAAUCUUUUCGGCACCAAAUUAUGGGGAUGAUUUCAAUAACGCUGGAGGCAUGAUGAAAGUAGACGAGAACCUGACAUGUUCAUUCCAGAUCCUCAAACCAUCGGAUAAGAAACUUCGAUACAUGUACAUUCCGAAAACAGCCCCCACGAAGCCGCGAAGCUCGUGAGAAUGGAGCAAUCACCAAUUUUUUAUCUUGUAAAUGCAUCUCGCCACUUCGGGAAUCCGACCAAAGAUCACUUCGUGUACCUCCUAACCGUAUGCAACAUAAACAAACGCCACCUAACUAUUUGACAAAACCCAAAUCCCCAUUUCCAAUAACCUGUGAUAAACCACUGAUCUUUUUACACAAUAAACGGAAUAACAGUCCAGGUAGAUCUGAG